AGCGUUUGUAUCUAAUAUAAACAACCGGUGACAGAUAGACGAUCCCGAUUUUGUUUACACUGGAGGUGAACAGAGAUAGGUCGUUGCUAACGUUUAAAACGUGGAUACUGGCGAUGAAACAGUGCCUUUAGAAAAACAGCUGUUUUGUUUUUUUCGUACAUUAAGUUAAUAGGAACCAUGUAUCAAACAAAAGGGCGAGCGGAUCCUGGACUGGUCUCCACGGCCAAUGCAGUCCAGACUGAGAUAAAAGAUUUCAUGACGAGCGGAUCGUACUACUGUACCAAUGAACUGGCCAACGAACUGACCCGGAUCAACAACGCCGUGGAUCAUCUGAAACUGGACGGAAAUAUCAUGUCCACAUCGGACAGCUUUACUCGAUUUUACGAUCCCAGAAAUAGCGUCCCAGAGGCCAUGAACCCAGCCAAUAAUCUAGCCAAUGCUGCAGGAUUUCUCAAAGAUCUCAAAUCCCAGCUGCAUGUCCACUCACUGCGAGACAAACAAGAAAAUCAGGUUCGCGAGCUACACCAGUGGGGCGUGGACAAUCUGAGAGGCAUUCAACAGGCCUUAGACACUUCAACCUACAAUGCAGCUGACCGUAUCCGCCAGUUUGGUGACUUUGUUGGCGUGACAGACAGGUACACUGGUUACCGUCACAACCUGAGUCGUGGAUCAAGAGAACCAGUUCGGAUGGAAACCAAGUGGGCUGACAAAACUAGACGCACUGAGUACAUCAACACUCUUAACUCUGGUCGACCUUGGACAGCCUUUCAGCCAAGGACCACCCCCUCCGUGUAUUACGGGGAACCGUCGGAAGCCCUCCAGAGCCGGGUCCGAUUUGGGUGCACAAUGCCAGCCAAACGCAACAUUAGAGGUUACCAGACUAUUGACAGUCUUUAUCCACGCAGCAACACUUUCUACGUUGACCCCAGUGCUACACAGAAGAACGGCAUUGUGGACCUCAAGUCUAUGAACGCAUUCAACGCCACAUCAAGAGACGAUUCCAGUAUUCCAAGAAUGAGCGCAACUAAAGGACCCGUGACCCUGUCCGUUCAGGAGCAGGCCGGAAUCAACACCACGUUCCCCGGCCGCACGGAAUACAUGCACAAGUACCAGACCCCGCCCAUGGAUAUCCCUACAAGUGACUUCAAUAUUAACCCUAAGCCGAAUUUCCUCUUGCAUGGACGACCAUUAGGGGAGACAACCUACGAGAGACACAGCACGGAGUACCAGACCCGCUAUGAGUUUCCAGACAGCAACAAAAUUGUGCGCAUGCCCUGGCUAAGAAAGUGAAGCUCUCAUUUACAAAUAAUUCAUCUAGAUUCCAGGAUGAUGUGAAAUGAUCUGAUGUUUUGAACUUUGAAGCAUAUAUUUUUUUUAAUGUUAUUUUAUAAAAGAUAUUCAUAGCAUAAUGUAGAUGUUAGAUAUGUCCGACAGGAUAAGGAAUUUGUUGACUUUUAAACAGAUUAUUCUUUUCUUUUUACCAAAUUGUUGGUUUUGUUUUAUAACUGACCUCACAGCUUUCUAUAACAUGUAAUUCAUCAUAAUAUCUGUUUUAUAGGGGGAAUGUCCCAGAAGAAACUAACGAAAAUAAAAAUGUUAAGUUUC